AUCCACAACCUCCCCAUGGAGUCCGGCUCGAUGCCUAUGCCCAUGUCAGACCCCAGCGCCUGGGCCACAGCCAUGAACAACCUGGGGAUGUCUCCUCUGGGGCUGAGCACACAGACACUAGUGCCAGACUAUGAGCCAAAUGUGGGCCUGAUGCCUGAGUUCGGCCCCUUGAAUCCACUCAUGCCCGGUCUGGGUCUGGUACCAGAUGUUCCUGUUGUCAAGGAGAUCAUCCACUGUAAAAGCUGCACCCUGUUCCCUCCCAACCCCAAUCUCCCCCCUCCAGCCACCAGGGAGCGCCCUCCUGGGUGUAAGACGGUGUUUGUUGGUGGUUUACCAGAGAAUUCCACGGAGCAGACCAUUGAGGAGGUCUUUGGUCCAUGUGGAGAGAUCAUCGCCAUCCGCAGAAGCAAGAAAAACUUCUGCCACAUUCGCUUUGCUGAGGAGUACACCGUGGACAAGGCUCUUUUCUUAUCCGGUUACCGCAUCCGCCUGGGUUCCAGCACAGACAAGAAGGACAGCGGGCGUCUCCACGUGGACUUUGCCCAGGCCAGAGACGACUUGUACGAGUGGGAAUGUCACCAGCGCAUGUUAGCCCGAGAGGAGAGGCACCGACGCAAGAUGGAGGAGGAUCGACUAAGACCGCCUUCUCCUCCUCCCAUCGUCCACUACACCGACCACGAGUGCAGCCUGCUGGGGGACAAGAUCAAAGAUGAUGUGAAGUUUGCCGAGGCUGUCCGGGUGCUCCUGACCUGGCUGGAGCGAGGUGAAGUCAAUCGCAGAAAUGCCAACAACUUCUACUCCAUGAUCCAAUCGUCCAACAGCCACAUCCGCAGACUGAUGAGUGAGAAAGCCCAGCAUGAGAAGGAGAUGGAGGAGGCCAAGGAAAAGUUCAAGAGCGCACUGGCUGGGAUACUGGGCCAAUUUGAACAGAUUGUGUCUGUAUUCCAAGCUGCUUCCAAACAAAAGGCAUGGGACCAUUUCUCCAAAGCUCAGCGCAAGAACCUGGACGUUUGGCGCAAGCAAGCACAGGAGUUCAGAAACAUGCACAAUGAGCAGCUGAUGGGUAUCAGGCGAGAGGAGGAGAUGGAGAUGUCUGAUGAUGACAUGGAAAGUCCCUCCAACAGCAAACACUCAGAGGAAUCAGUUGCGUCCCAAGCCGAAGCCUUGAAGGAGGAGAAUGACUCUUUGCGCUGUCAGCUGGACGCCUACAGGAACGAGGUGGAACUCCUCAAACAAGAACAGAACAAGAAUCAGCCCCAGAGAAGUGAAGAAGAGAAUACGCACUCACAGCAACUCAGCUUCCUCCAGCAAGCUCUGCAGGGCAUGCAGACGCAACUCUUAAAAAUGCGAGAGGAGUUGAAACAGCGUGAGUCAGAUCUGGAGAAAAGUUCGGAUGACAAACAGCACCUGAAGAAAGAAGUCCAGACUCUGAAGGAGGAAGUGUUUGUAGCGUCCACGGUGGCGUCGUACAGUCAGGAGAAAGAAGGUCCAACAGAGAGAAGUCCACAGAGUCCUGUCCAGUCUGAGAGAGAGGCUCUGCUAGUCGGAAUCAUCUGUACAUUUUUACACGUUCACCCGUUCGGAGCCAGCCUCGAGUACAUCUGCUCCUACCUGCAGCGUCUGGACUCCAAGAUUACCACCGGUGAAGUGGAGGCGCUGCUCUCUCGGCUGCCCUGCACUUUCAGACAGGAGCUGACAGGAGUAGGAGCUGGGUUAGAGAAACGCUGGAACUUUUAUGGAUUUCAGGGCAUCAAGAGCAUAUAG